AAACUACUGAACGUCGAACGUCGGCAAUUCGUACCACUUUGCGAAUAUAGUGAACGUGAACUCGGCAGCCAUCAACCAGCCAUCUUUUGAAAAAUAAGUCGAGAGAAUUGUAGUUGGGUGCAAAAGGUUAUUUUUUAUCUUGGUGGAGAAAUUACAGAGAAUUUAAAAGAUGUCUAUGAUUUCUGCACGUCUGGCCUCAUCAGUGGCACGUAAUUUUCCAAAGGCUGCUACACAGGUCGCCUGUAAGGCAGCUUACCCAGCUGCUUCUUUGGCUGCACGUAAACUUCAUGUCUCGGCCACUCAGCGCAGCGCCGAGAUCUCUUCCAUUUUGGAGGAGCGCAUCUUGGGUGUUGCGCCCAAGGCCGAUUUGGAAGAGACCGGUCGUGUGUUGAGCAUUGGUGAUGGUAUUGCUCGCGUCUAUGGCUUGAAUAACAUCCAAGCCGAUGAGAUGGUGGAAUUCUCCUCCGGUCUGAAGGGUAUGGCUUUGAAUUUGGAACCCGAUAACGUUGGUGUUGUCGUUUUCGGUAACGACAAACUGAUCAAGCAAGGUGAUAUUGUCAAGCGUACCGGCGCUAUUGUCGAUGUGCCAGUAGGUGAGCAGUUGUUGGGUCGCGUUGUUGACGCUUUGGGUAACGCCAUUGACGGUAAGGGACCCAUCAACACCAAGGACCGUUUCCGUGUUGGUACUAAGGCUCCCGGUAUCAUUCCACGUGUGUCUGUGCGCGAACCUAUGCAAACUGGCAUUAAGGCCGUCGAUUCGUUGGUGCCAAUUGGCCGUGGUCAACGUGAGUUGAUCAUUGGUGACAGACAGACUGGCAAAACUGCUUUGGCUAUUGAUACCAUCAUCAACCAGAAGCGCUUCAAUGCUGGUCAGGACGAGAGCAAAAAAUUGUACUGUAUCUAUGUUGCUAUCGGUCAGAAGCGUUCCACUGUCGCCCAGAUUGUGAAGCGUUUGACUGAUUCUGGUGCUAUGGGCUACUCUAUCAUUGUAUCCGCUACUGCCUCUGAUGCUGCUCCUCUGCAGUACUUGGCUCCCUACUCUGGUUGCGCUAUGGGAGAAUUCUUCCGUGACAAGGGCAAGCACGCUUUGAUCAUCUACGACGAUUUGUCGAAACAGGCUGUUGCCUACCGUCAAAUGUCGCUGUUGCUGCGUCGUCCCCCCGGUCGUGAGGCCUACCCUGGUGAUGUGUUCUACUUGCAUUCGCGUCUAUUGGAGCGUGCCGCUAAGAUGUCGCCCGCUAUGGGAGGUGGCUCCUUGACUGCCUUGCCCGUCAUUGAGACACAGGCUGGUGAUGUGUCUGCCUACAUUCCAACCAAUGUCAUCUCCAUCACUGACGGUCAGAUCUUCUUGGAAACUGAAUUGUUCUACAAGGGUAUCCGCCCCGCCAUUAACGUCGGCUUGUCUGUGUCGCGUGUCGGUUCAGCUGCCCAGACUAAGGCCAUGAAGCAGGUGGCUGGUUCCAUGAAAUUGGAAUUGGCUCAAUACCGUGAGGUAGCUGCUUUUGCCCAAUUCGGUUCUGACUUGGAUGCCGCAACUCAACAGCUGUUGAACCGUGGUGUGCGUCUAACUGAAUUGCUGAAACAGGGUCAAUACGUGCCCAUGUCCAUUGAAGAUCAGGUUGCUGUCAUCUACUGCGGUGUGCGCGGUCACUUGGACAAAAUGGAUCCCGCCAAAAUCACCAAGUUCGAAAAGGAAUUCUUGCAACACAUUAAGACCAACGAACAGGGUCUGCUUGACCAAAUCGCGAAGGAUGGUCAAAUCUCAGAGGCUUCUGAUGCCAAACUGAAAGACAUUGUCUCAAAAUUCUUGUCGACUUUCCAGGGUUAAGUGAAGAUUUGCUGUGCAAAGCCACGUUGAAUUAGAACAGUAGCAAAAAGAAAAAGUUACACUAUUUCAUAGUUAGAUGCGCGUAAAAUACCAACUACGAAUACAGGUCGCACUAACAAAUACUUACCAUAAAUUAUACACUAUAAACGUAAAGAUAAAGAACAGGAUAAUGCGAAGAAAAAAAGCCGAAAUUAAAUAAUUAUAAAAAAUAGAAAAACACCAUUCAUGUUUCCUUUUUAUUACAUGCUAUUAACAACUAAAUAUAGAGACUCAAUUCUGGAAAAAAUAUGCGGGGUAAAUUGUCUGUAGAGUUCGUUUGAACGAAGCUGCCAAAUUCGGUGAGGUCAAGUGCUGAAUGUGUGCGCAUUUAAUACAUUUGACGAGAGCGCCCUAAGAAAAAAGUUGGUGUUUUAUUUGUUUCACAAUUUUAGCACUUGGCUGCGUUAUUGCUUUUGAUUUGAUUUUCGAAGUCACUGAAGUAUUUAUAACAAAAAUAUCACAUUGUAUUAAAGUUAUUGCUAGGUAAAAC